UCCCAUUUUCAGGUAAAGGGUCCAGGGAUUGGGCUGCUUGGGAAUUCCAAAGGAGGAGAACUCUGCCUUGCCAUAUCCUCUUUCCUGAAGGGCAUCACAGCUGCAGUCAUAAUCAAUGGCUCUGUGGCCGUUGUUGGGGCAAGCAUACACUACAAGGACGAGACGCUGCCCCCUGUGGGUAUCAUGAGAGAUCAAAUCAAGGUGACCAAAGAUGGCAUCAUGGAUGUUGUGGAAGCCCUGAAAAGUCCUUUGGAAGACCAGAAGAGCUUUAUUCCCGUGGAGAAGUCUGACACCACCUUCCUGUUCCUUGUGGGUCAGGAUGACCACAACUGGAAGAGCGAGUUCUAUGCUAAUGAGGCCUCUAAACGCUUGCAGGCCCAUGGGAAGGAGAAGCCCCAGAUCAUCUGUUACCCAGAAGCAGGGCACUACAUUGAGCCCCCUUACUGGCCCCUGUGCAGGGCUGCCCAUCAUGUCUUGGUGGGUGGUCCUAUUGUCUAUGGAGGGGAACCCAGGGCUCAUACCAUGGCCCAGCUGGAUGUGUGGGAACAACUCCAGACUUUCUUUCACAAACACCUGGGUGGUGAGAGUUAAGGAGGGCUCUUCCAAAAAUUUAACCCAUUAUCUGAAGGUUUGGAGGAUAAAACUUGAAUAUAUUCUAAGAACACCAGUUAAGAUUAGUCCAACUGAUUAGAGGAGUUAUUAUUAUAACUCUUCUAAGUUGCAUACUGUUCUCUUUAAAUAUUACUAUUCAAAAUAGUGUCUAUCCAAGGGCUGGGGUUGUAGCUCAAUAGUAGAGCACUUGCCUAGCAUGCACAAGGUCCUAGGUUUAAUCCCCAAUACCUCAAAAAAAAAAAAAAAAAAAAGUGCCUAUCCAAAAAAUGAUAUCAGGAAUGAAAAGGGAGCCUUAAGUAUAUACACUUUUAUUAAAUUAAAAAUUGGACCAUUAUAGACAAAACAAUUGUCUCUUUCAUUUCUUAGGAUACUGCUGCUACCCAUGCAGCAACAACAAAGGAUCUUGAGUAGGGGCUAUGAGAGAUUAAGAAAAACACAGAGACAUUUUUAAGCAAGGCUGGGGCCAAGUGGGACACUGCCCUCUGAUGGAGAAAUAGUGACACAGAACUAGCUCAGCAUGUUUAUUAUAUAGGGUCUCAUUAUCAGGAAGUUUAACUAUAGAAGCUUUGUAAAUUGUUCAAGGCUUGUGAGUUAUGAAGAGGCUUCUUUGUGUACUAUAAAGUUACAGAGCUAGAAACAUUUUAAUAGUUAUCCUGCUGUUACAGUGUUAGGAACUUCCUGCUGCUAUCCUGCUGUACCCAGAAAACCCAUUUACUAGAACAUCCGAUAACUAUUGAUGUCAGAGCUGAGUAUAAGGCUAUUCACAUCCUCACCUUUAGGCAAGGACUAUUUCCCAGGAGUGGCUUUUUCCUACACUGUAGUAUCAGCCGAUAACUGGGGCUCAUUCACUUUCCAUAGGAUAUUGUCCCCUCUAUCACCCUCAUUCCUGGAAGUCAUAUUUGGGAUAUAUUAUUAUGUAUCUUUCCAGAUGUUAUGCUUUAAUAUACUAUGUGUAACAAUAAAAAUGCUUUUUAUCGCA